AAAAUCACUGCUGCCUUACCGUCUAACCCAUAUUCUAACCCAUAUUCUCUCAUCACUGAACAACUAAACCGAAGAACUAAGCCUAGUUUCUUCGGCCAUUCAUCUCCCCUCUGCGCGCGACGACCUCGACAAGCGUUGCGCGUGGCUAAAACACCGCAAUCAUGGCGCCUAAGAAGAAGGAACAGCAGCAGAAGAUGAGCCUUGGGGCCUUUCUGCAGGAGGAGAAAUACGGCGGAUCAUGGGCUGAUGAAGUUGAAGACUCAUUCGGCUCUCAGCCUUUGCCCUCCACCGAACGACGAACUGGCUAUUCUAGUUACGGAGGCUCGGGCAAUGAUCGAGGCUACUCUCGCGAUUCCUACGCAACCCAGGGUCCGGCCCAGCUCCCAACUAAACCCCCUUACACCGCUCAUCUAGGAAAUCUAUCUUACGAAGCCACGAACGAGUCUGUCACCGACUUCUUUGAGGACUGCGAAAUCACCAGUGUUCGAAUCAUCGAAGAUCGAAUUGAACAACGCCCAAAAGGCUUUGCUUAUGCAGAGUUUGCGAACGUCGAAGGUCUGAAGAAGGCCUUGACCCUUGAUGGAACUAGCUUCCAAGGCCGUACUAUCAAGAUUAAGAUUGCCGAUCCUCCCAAGGAUCGAGACAAUCGUGGUGCCGGCGGUGAGUCCGCUCGUGAUCUUAGCAGUUGGGAGCGAAAAGGCCCUCUAGCAGACCUUCCAUCUCGUAGUAACGAUCGACGUCCUGCCGAAUUUGGGGAGCGCCGAACACCUGCUUUCCGAGAUGCACCUUCUGAUGACGGCAAGGUUCGCGAUUUCGGCAACUGGGAGCGCAAGGGCCCCCUAUCGCCACUUCCUCAGCCUGAACGUCCUGAGGGAUCGCGAGAUAGCAGCCGUCCCCGAACUAAUGAUGCCAACAGAGGUGAUACCUUCCGAAAGGAUCGUAGGGCAUCACCAGCUACCUGGGGUGAAGGUCGCCAGGAAGGUUCUCGACCUCCCAGAGAAUUCAGAGAUAGACCCGAGCGCUCAGAGCGUCCGGAGCGCACUCCAACGGCAGCGGAGCGCGACAACCAGUGGCGCAGCAAUAUGAAGCCUGACUCUCUGGUGAAGUCUCCUGAACGCUCUCGUGAUGGAUCUGAGGCGCCUUCAUCGCCUGCUGGUGGAUCGGUCGCUGGUUCGGCUGCUACCCCAGCUCCCGCAGGCCGUCCCCGACUCAACCUUCAGAAGCGAACCGUAUCCGAAUCUCCAGAUGUGGUAUCUCCUGGACUGCCAUCUGCGACUGGCGAGUCUAAAGCGAGCCCCUUCGGUGCCGCCCGUCCUAUUGAUACAGCGGCAAAAGAGCGUGAGAUCGCAGAGAAGCGAGAGCAACAGCUGAAGGAAAAGAAAGAGGCGGAUGAUAAGGCAAAGGAAGACCGACGUCUUGCUAAGGAGACUGCCGCAAAGGAAGCUGCAGAGAAAGCCGCUGCCGAAGCGGAGAAAGCGGAGAAAGCGAAGGCUGAACCGGUCGAGGAGAAGGCCGAGGUUGUAACUGAGACGAAGGAGGAACCGAAGAGUGGAAGUGUUGAGGAUGGCGAAGCUGUAGAGCAGAAGGCACCAGUUAAAUCCAGGGACAGCGCCCAGAACGCGAAGUCCAGAGCAACUGAGAGCGGUAACUGGAGAACAUCAUCAUCAGGAGAGCAGCGCCAAGGCCGUGGUGGGUAUGCCAACGCCUCACGAGGCCGUGGCGAUGCUCGAGGACGCGGUGGUGCACCACGAGGACCUCGAGGCAACUACGAGGGCAGAGGUGGUCGAGCGAAUGGUCAUUCUGAACCUCGCUCUCCCCAACAGCCUACUCAACCUUCGUCACCUAGUCCAGAAGCCGAAGCCGCCCCGGCUGCGGACCCCGAUGGCUGGACGACCGUGCCAAAAGCAAAGGGCCGUAAUGCUCGACGUGUUUAAGCGAAGCUAGCACUGUACAAAAAUUCAGAUCUUCCAUGCUCAGGCUCGUGGGAGGGGGGAGGGGAGUUCAUUGGCACACCAUAAUACUAUGGACUUGCAAUACGAAGAAAACUUAUGAUCCUUUUUCUUUCCCGUUACCUACCCCCCUUUAUA